AUGGAACCCCUAGAGCUUCAUAAAGCGGUGGGAUCCGUGUUCCGCAGCCUGGACGGCCUGAGCUGGCCGGGUGGGGCGCACUCGGGAGCUGGCCUGGACCCAGAUCUGCUGAAGUGGUGCUGCCCCAUGGAUACGUCCACAGAGGCCUCAGCUCCGCGCGCAGAGGAACAUAACAACGUCAAAUUCCUCGACAGCUUGUCCAUCGACCAUCUGCUGACCACCUCCCACGGAACAGGCCGCAACAGGAGCAGCCUGACAGAGGAUGCCUUCCUCUCAUCCCUGCUAGAGCCAUCCCUCCUGACCCCGGAUGCAGACUCUGCACAGAGCUGCCUCUUCCCCCACAUGGAUGUCUGCCCGCCCAACAGCACAGAUGCCAGCAAAAGCAUGCAGAGCCCCCCCCAGGCGCCUGCUGACAGCGAACAGGACAGCCCCUGGGGCUUGGCCUGGGAAGCAAUGGAGUCGCGCAUGCUCGGUGCAGAGGACGGCCCACAGCCGAUCUACGACAUGUCGCCGGCCUGCAGCAUGGACCUGAGCAGCCACAUCAGUGUCGACUGGGAGGGCACCACCACAAUCAACCAGGCCUGCUCAGCGCAGCGCGAGGGCAGCACCAGCAGCGAGGAGAGCUGCACCUACCUGCCUGCCACCUUCGGCUUUGCCGCAGCCAAGUUCCUGCCCGAGCCUGCAGCCUGGGCGCCACGCGCAGACGCGAGCCCGGCUGCGGCCAAGCCGGCGGCUGGCAUCGCGUGUGCGGCCUCGGCUGAGCCGCCGCCGGCCGCUGCACAGCCGCCGCCGGCCGCUGCACAGCCGCAGCCGGCCGCUGCGCAGCCGCAGCCGGCCGCAACCGCGCAGCUGCUCGCAGCUGAGCUGGCAGGGAAGCCAAGUCAGGCAGCUGCGCGGCCAGCCGCGGCGCGCGUCGGGCCAGCGAAGCGGCGGCGGCUGCGUCCGGGGUUUGACCCGCUGAAGAGCCGCCAGAUGCAACGCGACUACAUGCAGCGCAGAAGGGAGAGGGAGGCGGCAGUGCACGCGGCAGUAGAGGAGCAGCUGCAGAGGAAGGCUGCCCUGGAACGAGACGUGGGCGCACUCCUGCAACGCCACGAGCACCUCACUAGCCAGCGGCCCUGGCACGAGCACCACGAGGCAGUGAAAUUCACGGCUGCAGUUGCUUCCCUGCUGCCAGCGCCCGCUGGCGGCAGCAGCAAGGCGCCCGCCGCAGAUUCCAUGCCUGACAUGCUCCAGAAGUUCAUGCUGGAGCCGGCGGCCACGAUUGACCAGAUGUAUUCGUCAGCCGGCCUGAAACCCCAGAAGGAGGCUGCUCAGGCGUCUCCAGCUUCCAAGGAAGCGCCACCGGUGCAGCCGCCAGCGCUGAGCGAUGAGUCAGCGGCAGCCAGUGGCGCCAUCUCAUGGCGAUCCAUCGUGCCUGUGACCGUGUCUGCAGGCGUGCCUGGCCUGACAGAGGACCAGAGGAACGAGAUAGCUGCACUGUACAGCACCCACAUGGAACGCAACGCAGACCUGCACCAAGACUGCCUCGACAUUGCAACCAAGCUGCAGCUGCUGCCGGGAGUUGAGGGGAAGCUGACGGAUGGCAUGUGGCCAAAUCUGGCAACGCACAUCAUCAGCAGCCAGCUGUCCAGCAUCACCAGAAGCUGCCAGGAACUCAUCGCCGCCCUCACCACCGCCUGCUGCCAGGUGCUGAGCGAGUACCAGCGCAACUACCUCAAAGCUCUGGCGCCUUCCGGGCCGCUCGACCUGCGCCAGAUGUGCCAGGAGAUCGUUGCGACCGGCAAAGCGUGCACAGCGCGCAAGGCAGCUGUCAAGAAGUCUCCCGCACGGACUGCUUCCCAGUCCCUGCAGGAGCCUGCAGCUGGCGUGGAGGCACCGCCGGCAUCCCCAGCAGCCGACAGAGCAGCUCUGCUGCAUGACUGCAACAUGGCGCCUCACUUGAGCAGUCCACCAGCCAUGCAGGACAAGGUGCAAGCUGUGGCACACCUCAAUGACACAGGUCAUGUCAGCGAAUGUGCUCAGCUGGACAGUGUGGCAGGGGCCGCUGGAUGGGAGGCUCCUGCAGAUCUGCACAAGCGCGGUCUGCUCGAGUUCCUUUGGGAAGUUGAGGACGGUCCCAUAACCAACGCGCCGAUCAGCGCUCCUACCAACAUCCUCCUCAACAAAGGCGCCACCAACCAAGCCCCGCUGAGCAUUCCACAAGGCGCCAACGCACUUGCACGGUCUACCGAGCGUUCCUUCUUCGGCGGCGCCCAGAUCGCGGCAAUGCCUCCUCCCUCCAAGGCAGCGAGGAAAUUACAGGGCCCCGUUUCACCUGAGCCCAAACCUCAGCUCUUCCACUUUCCUGCUGGCAGCGCGCAAUUUCCAAGCAAUCCCCAGGAGCAGGCAUCCAGCUUCCAACAAAUAUGGGGCCCGGCCGGGUUUGCCCCUUGCCGCGCCGAUUCAAAUUCGAAUUCGAAUUUGAGUUCGGUGGCAAGAAAAGGGCCGGCCUGGACCCCCAGCUUCCUGGAAAACUGGGGUUUUGCAGAUCUCUCUCGCUAG